GGGGACAGUCCAUUGCUCCUGCUGUAGUAAAGCCAAGCGGAGCAGAGCGCGACAGAGUACUUGCUACUGUACUUUCCACUAUGCGCGUCGCGGUGAAGCAAACUGACCGCUCUUGACGCCCCUAUUUCUGCGGUGCGGUUUCCUCAUCUGUUUCUGCACUUAGCUACAGUUGUAUUGUAGUAAAAGGUAUUCGAAUUAGACUCGAAUUGUGUAGGUGGAUGAAUGUAUGGUUUUGCCCCAACGUUUAUUUUAAGCACAGUAACGAUUAAUGCAAGACGUAGAGUUUAUUCAUGGCGUCUCAACAGCAGUCAAGAAUUCAGUCAUAUCUGGAGAAAAAUAAAAUUGGACCAUUGUUUGAGGAGAUGAUGACCAGUCUGAUAACUGAGACUCCGGAUCACCCUGUUCCUUUUCUCAUUGAUCACCUGCAGACCAAGCAUGGCAGCCCUAGCAAGCUGCACAGAACGCUGUCUGGCUCGGCUGCGCUAUGGGCCCAGAGCUCCUCAGACAGUAAGGCACGAGGGGACUUCAGGAGUUAUGAGAAGGCCUGGCAGAUCCACCCCAAAAAACCCAAGAAGUCUAAAAGUGAUCUGGCUGUGUCAAACAUCUCACCUCCAUCGCCAGAAUCUAAGUCAUUGCCGCGCUCUAUAGAGCACCCGUCCUGGGACUGGAGAGAGAGCAGAGAUUUUGACGAGCUCAACCACAUCCUACAAGAGAGCAAGAAACUGGGGAAGGCUCUGGAGAAUCUAUCACGCAGUAUUGCAGUUUCUGAUGAACUGGAUCAGAACCUGGGGGGGUUUAACUGCGUGCUGCGUCCCAGGGUGGUGGGGGAGUGGGUGGGCCGGGCGGAGGAGGACCCUGACCCGCUGGCAGCAGAGAUGCUCCAGCCUCCUGUCCCCAGGACCAAGACGGAGGUCUGGGGGAGCAUCGGCAGCAGCCCUGCUUUCAGUGUUAAGAUGGAGGGGAAGACUAAAGGUUUGAAGGAGCAACAGCAACACCACAAGAAGCUCCUGGCCGCCAUGUUAUCCCAGGAUUCCUUUGACUCAAUCAAUAGCUCCGCCCCCUCGCUAACUGAGGAGGAGAUAGAGGAUGAUGACGACGCCAUGGAACUACUGGAGGACCUAGAUGACCUGCGUAUGGAGGGGGUGACGGGGCUAGCUUCUUCAGGCAGUAAGUUCAGCCAGGGUCGUAGUUCCUACUGUCCAGAGCCCCAGGCCAAGGUCACGCUCAACAUUUGCUCAAGGUGUGCCAGGCUGCAAGGAGACAGCCUGCCGGACAGCAGACCAGAAGAGGAGAACCAUGGAGAGACAACAGCUCCGCAGCAGCACGAACCUCCUCCCGGAGCCGCCCAUCACCUCCUCCAUGAACACGUUGCUGUGAACAAAGCAGAAGCCGCCAGCCAUCGCCUGCAAACCGACACCUCCUGUCCCUUCGCUGGGGUGGACAGCGCUCCGGUACGAGACCAGGAAUGUGGGACUACUCAGAUGUCUUCCACUCGUCAGGCAGUCUGGGAGGCUGAUGGCAAGGGGGGGAGGGGAGGAGCAGAAGGAGCGGGAGGAGGGGGUUAUUCCAGGGAGCAGCUGGGACAGACGAGAGGACUGCUCCUGAGUGACUCGCUGUUCUCUAAAGAGCUGGAGAACAUGGGCAAACACCUUGCAGAGGUGGAGAAGGACCUGGCCAAGCUGGCGGAGCAGGGGAAACUGUCCCAGCGGAGCCCGAACAGUCCUCACAGUAGCCACCUCCUCAACCCACUGUUCCACUCCCCUGCCCCGGGCACGCUCCCACUGCCGGGCCAAACCUCCAAACCCCCUUCCAGGCCGCAGUCACCGAUCCUCAGCACCCGUUCGGCCAAGCCCAGCUCCAUCGGCUACCCCCUGGUCAGCCCCAAGCUCAGCCCCCGUCUGACCCGCAAAUCCACCUCCCUCAGCAUGACCGCGGGAGGCCUCCAGACCCAUUCUCCCAGCAACCACAGCAGUCACCGGACUCAUUCUUUCAGCAAUCCGGGCAGCAGAACUACGACUCCCAGAACCCCCAGCAGCAGACCCAUAACCCCUAAUAGCCUCCUGUCCUCAAGGUCGGCCGCGACAGCCAUGACCCCAGUAGUCGGAGGUUACGGCGGUUACAAGGAGGUGACCUUCAGGAGGUCGCGGAGCAGGCCGGUGACGCCCACUAAUCAGACGACUCGACCCAGGCCUCUCCUCACCCCGCCUGGGUUGAGCACCACAGACAGCCUGGGGAAGGCCUCCAGCCUCAGGGCCUACCUGUCAGAGGAUGAGUUUUAUCAGCAGCUGCAGGCCAUCAGACAGCCAUGGAACAUCCCCAGUGACACAGAGAGUGACAUACUCGACCCACCAGAGCAGGACACAUGUGGAGUACGGGACGCCAACAAGAGGUCUGUGUUCUCAGGCCUUUAGUGAUGAAGACAAGAGAGAGAAAGAGAGAGACAUUGAUCCAAUAAAAUAAUUAUGCAAACCACUGGGCAUUUUCAAUACUGUGUAGAGACCAUUAUUUUUAUAAUUCACUAAAGGAGAAUAUACAGGGAUAACUCAGGACUUGGCAAUGAAGCCUUUUAUCUUUUUCCCAAAAGUGAGAGGAAGUUUUGGAUGAAAUAAAAGUCAGCUAGUGGUUCCUGUAGACUUACAGUCAUUGGGCUAAUGCUAGUUAGCAUUGGCUUGCGAAACUACCUCUAAACUUCCUUCAUGCUGGACAGAGAUACAUAAAUAUUGCAUCCAAAAGUUCAUCUGACUCUGGGGAAGUAAAAAAAAAGGUUCAUUGACAGAAUCCUGAACAGUCCUUUAAAAAAAAAUUGUAUACUUUUUCCACAAAGCUUGAUAUUUCUUAGACGAUGUAGCCCAUAGAAGAUGUAUGUUAACUAUAUGUGGAAAAUGUGGGGAGUUUAGAGUAAAAAAGUAUAACUAUUAAAGUUUUGUUUACAAUUGCUUAUUUAGCAUGUUUAACUUUUUGGAGGAGUUGAAAAAAAGCAUUUUGUUGUUGCAAAACCUUUUUUCUUGAAGCUCGAUCCAUAUUUUGAGAUGGUUGUACAUGAACUGUAUGGAAGCAAUCUUUGGAUAUGCACUUUAAAGUUACUGAAGUGACAUUGUUUUCAAGCGGAAAUUAUUUCGAAGGAAUUACUUUUCCUACACACCUUUUUUGUUUAAUCACUUGCGGUCGGUUUUCCAAACCAACCUGUUAGUUGAUAGUCUCAAUUUCCAGACUCUAUGCGACCAACAACAACUCUGGAUUCAAUAAUGGACUUUCUGGCAGUUACAAGCUACUUCACCGCCAAGACACUAAUAUUGCUGCUUGAAUGACAAAACCAAAUAGUAGCUAGCAAGAUGGUCACAAAGGUUCUUCUUAAUAAGCGCAUUUCGCAAGUGUCUCGAUUGCAGCAACUACCAACCGCUGUAAAAAUCACUACAAAGGAUUUGCAUACUGUAUAUCUUUGGUUUUUGAAUCGGGACUUCAUGAAAUGUCUGAAUGGCGAUGUGUCGGGGUUGGGACUUAUUUGAAGAGGACCCUCCACAGUCAAGCUCUUCUUCUAUGCCAGAAGAUUCAUCAUUGAAACCAGAUCCUAGUUACUGGUUCCCUGAUUUUAGAGACUAGUUACCCCUCAUAUAAUCCUGGUGUAAACUGUUAUGUUAAUAUACAACCUGUUUGGACUUUUGAAAAUACUACUCUGGACAUGCAAAUACUCACUGCCUGAUAUGGAAAUGGCUGAAAAUAUUUCUUUUUUAUGCACUGACUAAACCAUUGAAUAAAAACCUGGAAUUGA